CAGCUAACACUGGAUGAGUGUGGAAAAGAGGCACGAUGGCCACGGAUCAAUGACAUUGCAGUGCGGUGCGGCACUUCAGCCAUUGAGCUUGCAAUUGAAAUCUGCCCGGUUAUCUACGCUGGCUACAAUGAGACCCUCCUGAUCCUUAACCACAUGUUGGACCCAGUCUGUCGAGCCACCCUAGAUCAAUCUGUGACUCCACCAGUUGCUCGUUUUCACUUUCCACUAAAUAUGACCCACGGCUGUGGAAGCAUAUUCAGGACCACCAGCGCUCCUGGUACAGGUAUAUUCUCGGACUUUUCCAGCAUUGACACAAUCAACAUCAGUGGUGUGGUCCAGUCUUUCGAGCCCACAACAGGAAAAAUUUCCUACAAAACUGAGUUGAUGUACUACUAUUCCUGUUCCUACCCUUUAGAAUAUAUGAUCAACUACACCCAGCUUAAUGUGUCAGCCACCUCUAUCAUAGUCAAGGACAACAAUGGCAGUUUCAUCAGCACCUUGAGCAUGAAGCUGUUUAGUGAUGCCAACUACACCCAACCACUGGUAAUCCCACAGUGGGGAAUUGAACUGAGGACCGAUGUGUAUGUUGAGAUCAAGGCCACCAACCUCACACGCCAGUAUAAUGUCCUGCUGGACCGAUGCUAUGCCACCAUUUCCCCUCUGCCAUCCAACUCUAGCAUCUUCAACUUGUUUGUCUCCUGCUCUAAGGAUCAGUUCACAAACAUGAUUGAGAAUGGAGACAGCCAAAGAGCUCGCUUUAAGUUCCCAGCCUUCCGCUUCAUCGAACACGAGAAGGAGCCUGUGUCCACCUACUACAUCCACUGCAUCAUUCGUCUAUGUGAAAGGAGCACCUGCAGCACAUUCAAGCACUGUGCACAAAGAAUGAAGAGGAGCACCCUUGAUACUUCUGAAGUGGGCAUAACCAAGGCUUACACCAUCAUCUCUCCAAAGAUCAUUACCAAAGCUGAAAAUGUUGAGUCCAAAGAGAAGCCAAUUGUUGUAGAAAAAUAUAAUUCUGAUGUCGGGCUCGGUGUGGGUGUUGGUGUCCUUGCCUUUGCUUUCUUAAUUGCUCUCAUUAUUGCAGCUGUGUUUUAUAAAAGGUUCAGGAAACAUUAA